AAGGUCUGUGUUUCUGAGACUCAGAGUGUUUAUAAGGAGGUGAAAACCCUCACCUACAACUGCACAGUCUCACAGAUAGUGACCGAAUCCGCUCCUCAAAAAAUAUGAGAUUCCUUGUCUUGCUCGCAUGUUUGCUGGCAACCUGCCUGGCACAUAAGCCCCAUCCAUGCGCAAGUCCCCCCCUUCUCAGCGGAGGCCUUACUGUGUCCACACAGAAUGAAAAGCUGUGGACCUACGCCAAGUACCUGUAUGAUGGAAUCGGACACAGAGUAAGAAUCAUGGAGUUGGGCGCCUACGAGAAUAAAUCAUUCACCUAUGACGCCCUGCUGCUCUACAGAGAGGCUGUCAUGUAUGAGAUCCAUGAACAUAACCACACCUGUAUAAAGAAGCCUUUUAAGGCAGAAUUUCACCCAGUUGGUAUUCCAAAGGACGCCUCUCUGUUAGGACAGGUUGUGUUGGGAAGUUCAUCUGGACCUGGGCAAGGCCUGCUGGUAAACAGCUGGAUGGGAGAUAUACCAGAGCAGUCAGGAAAGUACAUUGCAACGGUCACAGAAUUUGGCUGCAUUCCUGUCAGCUUGGCGUACCAAACAAAAGAUUAUGGAUGGAUGGUGACAAGCUAUUUCAACAACGUCAUUGGGAUUGAAGAUCCUGAUCGCCUCAACCCCCCAAGCUUCUGCCAAGAUGCAGAGAUAAAGGAUGGCCAGGAGGAGCCAGUGGAUUUCCUAAGUUUAUUCCUAAACAAGAAUUAAAGAGUUCAUUUGAUUGCCUCUUACCAUUCAACCUACUUGUAAUGUUUGAGUUUCAUUUGUAAUCUUUUCUCACAUCAUUUUCUCCGGAUGGUCAAUUUGUUUCAGUUGUCUCAUACCCUACUUUAUUUUUCAUCAAAUUAUUUUUUUCCACCCUAAUGGUCCAAUGAAGAAUGUCUUUCCAAAAUCAUAAUACAAAUAAUA